AUGGGUUUCCAGUAUGAGCUAGAUGGCUCGGUCGAGACACACGACCUUAGCCUCCCUUCAACCACAGCUUGCCCAUACCUACCUGGCCAAACUGUCAAUACUUUAAUCGUUCCUGUCGAGCAGGCUCUCAGGCAGCGAAGUGCUUCUCUUACCUCUAUGCGUGCUACCGAUCUCAAAACCAUGAAUCCCGAAUCCAAGUACAUCACACCUCGACCUGCACCUUCAGUACCAGCCAACCACAUCCCCUACCGGGUUGGCUCAUCUCCAUCCUUAAAUCACAAGUCUUCGUCCCGAUCAUUAUCGCCUGCCCCGGCGGCAUGGAAGCGCUUGUUCGGUCGCAAGGUGAAUUCUGAAGGCGAGCGUGGGCGAUCUCCCAUCCGCAAUGACUUGUCUGAUACCGCCGAGGAUAUCGACGACCGUUGCACGACGCCAUCAGAAGGCACUCGAACAAGAGAUAUCUCACCCGAAUCUCUUCGACGCUUCCUGUCUGAUGAUCUUCCUCCCCGCCCUGGCUCUAACCUCAGUGAGAGACCAUCUCUAGUCAUCCCUGAAGAUGUUGUGGAGGAAAACGAGAACGAUGACGACGAUAACUUUGCGACUUCAGCAGCAUCUGAUGGACAGCCCUACGUCACUCAUCUCUCACCUCCUCCCUUCAAGCGAACUACUUCCUCCGAGUCAGUCAGAAGCGAUGCCGCUAAUUCAAGGCCGCUGCCUCUGAUUCCUUCAAGACCAUCUAGGAAGGACUUAUUAGAGGUCAGCGGUGUGCCUGCAUCGGCUGUGCUUCCUUCACGACCUAGGCUGGAGACUCUUCGGGCCCCUAGCCCUCGAAUCAAUCCUGCCACGAGCUUCUUCUUGUCGCCGGCCACACCAAACUUUCCCGAAGAUGAAGGAAACAACUUCUUUGAUCUUACCGAUGAUGAGGAUGACGUUGUAUCAAGUAGCAACAGUGACAUCCUCGCAUUUCAGCCUGUUCCUGGCAUGGCCCCUACUACCGACUCCUUCGAGUGCUACAGUCUCCCGGAGUCUCAGGAACAAGGACGGAAAAUUGUCGAGUCCCAGUCUGCCUAUGCCAAGGUCAACUCUACAUCGCUUCUUUCUCGCGGCGACAGCGGAAACUUCCUCGGUGCGCCUAUCGAUACCGGCCUGGACGACUUUGCGGCCGAGCUGGGCUGGAUGGUUGACGUUAUUGGCACCAAGACCAACUAG